GCUAAACUUCCCCAUGCCACGCGGUUACGGCCACACCCCCACUACCCUCUGCCCAGGCUCCCAGCACUGCACGCCGCACCCCACUCCCCAGGCAGCCCAGCCCGCAGCACUGCAGCCGGAACUCUCAGCUCCACCAGCACCUUCCUCUCUUCCUUCGCGUAGAGGUCGCCUAUCCGGACGGACCCGAACCCAGAUCCUAGCGCUGUCGGCCGUUCGUUGCACGAGUAUACCGCUAGGAUCUCCGCCGGAGCAGAGCCGAGAGCGAAUCCCAGUUGAAGGCAGAGGUCCUGCGCCACGACGCUCAGCAGCCCGCCCACGCAUUUGGCGAACGCGUCCGGCUCCGGCGUCAAGCUUCCAUGGCCGGUGCUAUUUGUGUAUGCUUUUCAAUAUCUCUAGCUUUUGGCUAUAGCUCAGCAAACCAAGUAAGGUCUUUCUCUCCUCUUUGGACCCCUUUCUUAUCGAAAUGACGCGUAGCCUACUGGUAAUUUAGAUAUCCGCUUCGAUGUAUUUGUAUUUCCAUGUGGGUUUCAUCAACCAGGUUGGUUUAUUGUAAGAAAUUUAUCAAACACUGCCAAUUUAUCCAAUUUAAGCGAUUUUCGGCGCUUGCCCAGCGGAACCCUAGCUCGUCUGAUUCAAGCUCUGACGAACGAACUGUUUGUUGUGUCAGCAAGGACGAUGGAGGCGAUCAUUUUUCUGAAUUAGAUACAGUUAGAAUCGUUGAAAUCUUGUAUAACUUGAAAAUGGAACCCUAUCUUGCUUUGUCUUUCUUUCGACAAUUGAAAGAGCGCGGGUUCUGGCACAAUGUUGGAACGUAUGUAGCAAUUAUUAGAAUACUAUGUUAUUGGGGUUUCGAGAGGAAGUUGGAUUCUAUACUGAUGGAAGUUAUUGGGAUGAGAGAGGAUCAGCUGGGUUUCAAAAUUUCAGAUUUGCUUGGAGCUCUUGCAGAGGAACUUGAGGGCGAGCAGUCAAACUUAUUGGUUCGAGCAUUUAGUGCAUUGAUAAAGGCUUAUGUUAGUGUUGGUAUGUUUGAUGAGGCCAUUGAUGUGUUGUUUCAAACAAAAAAACGGAGGUUUGUUCCACAUAUUCUUUCAUGUAAUUUUCUUAUUAAUAGAUUGGUUGAAUGUGGCAAAGUGGAUGUGGCUGUUGCCAUUUAUCAACAGCUGAGGCGACUGGGGUUGACCCCGAAUGAAUACACUUAUGCUAUUGUUAUCAAAGCGCUUUGUAAGAAAGGAAGUUUGGAAGAAGCGGUUAAUGUGUUUCAGGAAAUUGAAGAGGCUGGGGUGACACCAAAUGCCUUUGCUUACUCAGCAUAUAUUGAUGGUCUGUGUUCACAUCAAAGGUCAGACUUAGGUUAUGAGGUGCUGCAAGCUUGGAAAGGGGCAAAUGUCCCAAUUGAUACUUAUGCUUAUUGUGCUGUGAUUCGGGGGUUUUGUAAUGAGAUGAAGUUGAAUGCAGCAGAGGCUGUCUUGCUUGAUAUGGACAAAGAAGGGAUAGCCCCUGAUGUAUAUUGCUAUGCUGCCCUGAUUCGUGGUUAUUCCAAGAGUGGUAAUUUGUUGCAAGCUCUGGCUCUUCACAGUGACAUGGUGUCAAAGGGUAUUAGGACUAAUUGUGUCAUUUUGAGUUCGAUUCUUCAGUGUUUGUGUGAUAUGGGCAUGGCUUCUGAAGCAGUAGAUCAAUUUAAAGAGUUCAAGGACUUGGGGGUUUUUGUUGAUGAGGUUUGCUACAAUAUUGCAGUGAAUGCUUUGUGCAAGCUUGGAAAAGUUGAAGAAGCCGCAGAAUUGCUUAAAGAUAUGAAGGGAAAGCAGAUGGUUCCUGAUAUCAUGCACUACACUACUUUGAUUAGCGGGUACUGUCUCCAAGGAAAGCUUGUCGAUGCAUUGAAUAUAUUUUCGAAAAUGGAAGAAAUGGGUUUUAAGCCUGAUAUUGUUACUUAUAAUGUACUUGCUGCUGGAUUUUGCAGAAAUGGUCUUGCACAAAAGGCAUUUGACCUUCUUGAUCAUAUGGAGACACAAGGUUUGACACCCAACGUCGUUACCCACAACAUGGUCAUUGAAGGCUUGUGUAUAGGAGGCAAGGUGAAGGAAGCUGAAAAAUAUUUAUAUAAUUUGGAAGAUAAAUGCUUGGAUAAUUAUAGUGCCUUGAUUAAUGGGUACUGUGAAAUGUACCACACGAGAGAAGCCUAUGAACUUUUUGUUAGGCUGUCUAAGAAAGGAGUACUAGUGAGAAGAAAUUCGUACUAUAGACUGUUCAGUAACCUUUGUAUGGAUGCCGAUAAUGUCAGAGCUCUCAUGUUGCUUGAGACAUUGUUGGUUUUAGGUGUGGUCCCUAGCAAAAACAUGUACAGCAAACUCAUAGGUGCUUUAUGUCAGACAGGCGAUAUGAGUAAGGCUCGUUCAUUAUUUAAUUCCCUGAUUGGGAGAGGGCAAACUCCGGAUGUCUUUACAUAUACAAUAAUGAUAAAUGGGUAUUGCAGAGCCAAUUGCUUGUGGGAUGCCUGUGAUCUUUUCAAUGACAUGAAGGAGAGAGGGAUUAAACCUGAUGUUGUCACUUACACAGUUUUGCUAGAUGGUCAUACAAAAUUAAAUUUAGGAAGGGCUUGUUUCACUCUGGAUGGUGGGGUAAGCAAGGAAGCAACAAUGCAUCCCUCUGCUUUUUGGGAUGAAAUGAGGGAGGCAGGAAUACAACCUGAUGUUAUUUGUUAUACUGUUUUGAUUGAUAGACAUUGUAAGAUGGAUGGGAUUCAGGAUGCUGUUACCAUCUUUCAUGAAAUGAUUAAUGCAGGGCUGGAGCCUGAUACUGUGACAUACACAGCUCUUAUUUCUGGAUACUGUAGAAAGGGAGAUGUGGAUAAGGCUGUAACUAUUUUUAAUGAGAUGUCAUCGAAGGGCAUAAUGCCAGAUACUCGUACCAUGUUGGCAUUACACCAGGGUAUUCUAAAGGCCAGGAAAUUGAAGUUUCGGGAGUAGUCACUGUGUUGAUUUUUGGUGGCUAGAUGAACCCAAAAUCUCUAAAUUGCUCCAAUCAAUUGUAUUGAGGUAAUGCUGACUGCAUUGUGUUACAAAGUGUUGCAUAGAUCCCAUUUGAAAUAUUGAUGCUGCUAUAGGCAUGAGGAAAGGGUAGCUCUGCAACAAGAACACUCAGGAAUCUUAUCUUAACAGGUCAACAACCUCACAUAAGCUUUAUGCUUCUCAGUUGUUUGCAGAAAUCAGUUUUCGGAAUUCUCAAGAGGGAAAGGUGCUACUUCAUUCAUGUUGUUUGGCAAUUAACUAAUUUACAGUGAGGCCUGAUAGGACUUGGGGGUCUUGAGAUCCUUGGUCCGUGUCUCUAAUGAUGGUAUCCUAACUAUCUUUGGAUGAACGGGCUUUGUGUGGUUGCUGGCCUUGGCUCUGCAUUCUGAAAUAUGGAGAUGCUGGUUAUAUAGUUGUGGCCACCUGUAGGAUCAUGAAGGUGCACAAGUGCAUGAGCCUGGUCUUGACCUGUUUAAUGGUCCUUCACCAUUCUUGUGCUUUGAUGACCCUGUCUAAGACUGGAGACUUUGUGUAUCAUGAAGUAGCACUGUAAAUUACUUUUCUAGGUGGACUUUGUGAGAUUUAUUUCCAACUGCUGGACUCUAGUGUAUCAAUUUGGGGAAGGAAAGAUCAAGCCCACGUGCGGCGAUCCGUUGGGCUGGCCAGCCUGUCACCUUAGCCUGCAAACUGGGAGAUCUGCAAUCUGGGGAAAACUAGGAAAGAUAAAUCUGAAUUCUAUGGUGUUGGAUUGAUGAUGUGUUAUUGUCCCUUUCUCCUAUUGGAUUUUGGUUGAUUGAGGUCCCAAAAACAAGUUUACUGUUAUUUUAUUUUUCUUAGUUGCAUGUUAACAGCAGUAACCUCUCAUCUUUGAACUAUCAAUGAUGAAAGCGCCCAUUCAUUUGUGUUUGUAAAAUUGCAAAAUCUGGGUUGCAAUGAAAUUAUUUCUAUCCGAGGCCUUGAGAAUUUUGGCAUGGUUAUCUGUAUAUCAAAAUAAAGCAAUUAAGUAUUUCAA